AUGGAGCUUGUGCAGCUUGUUCUGAAUCUUCUGAUUCUUGGGUUUUUUUUCUUCAAAAAUUAGCGUUUUCAGUGCUUGGUAUUGGGACUUGAAUUCUUGUAUCUGCGUAGCUAUUGCUCUAUAAAUUUCUUAGUUUCCAUGGAGUAGCCUAAAUUCUUUGUAAGAAACGUGCAGUAUAUAAGAGUCUUCUGCUGAAAAUUCAAGGUUCUAGUGCUGCUUUCCUCCUACUUAUGUUUUCAUCAUUCUUAUUUUCUUUAGUUUAUCUGUUUCCUCGUAAAAUCUCAACUUUUCACCGUUAUCUCUGUGAAGUUUUUGUUGUUCUUUUGUUAGGGAAAGGAUAUUAGUUGUGGGUUUCUCUGCAUUUUUUGCUGUGCAUUCAUGCCCUUUCCCUCUGGGUGCUCAAUAUUGGUGAAUUUUAAUAUCAAUCCUUCUAAAGAAAGGGGUAAUUGUUAUCAUUCCUUAUAGAAUAAGUGGUUUUUUUUUUGGGAGGGGGGGGGGCGGAUUUUAGGUUUCUUCGAUUUGAGAAUUGUUCUCCUUUCAUAUUUUUAGUUUUCUUUCUGAAUCAUGAAAUUUGGCAAGGAAUUCAAAACCCACUUAGAAGAAACCAUUCCAGAAUGGAGAGAUAAGUUCCUGUCAUAUAAGCCAUUGAAGAAGCUUUUGAAGCAGGCUUCAGCUGGUGAAGUUCAUAGUAGGGCGGAUGAUUUUGGGGCAAAUCGUGAGAUUGUUGGUCUUGGUGAUCGCAGAAUUGGGUCGUCUGAAUCAGUUAAUGGUGGCUUUCAGUGUGUUUAUCCUUCUAGAAUUGUUGCAGAGAUUGGAGAAAAUGGUGGUCGGCCAUGGGCUAUUCAAGAAGAUUGGUUUGUUAAGCUCUUGGAUGAAGAAUUGGACAAAUUCAAUGACUUCUAUGUAGAUAAAGAGGAGGAGUUUGUGAUUCGAUUGCAGGAACUCAAGGAGCGAAUUGAGAGGGUGAAAGAGAAGAGCAACCAAAGCGGGCUUCACACGUCUGAAAGCGAGUUCAGUGAAGAGAUGGUGAACAUUCGCAAAGACUUUGUUACCAUUCAUGGGGAGAUGGUACUCCUAAAGAACUACAGCUCUCUUAACUUUAUGGGCCUUGUGAAGAUCCUUAAGAAGUAUGAUAAGAGGACGGGAACCCUGCUUCGCCUGCCCUUCACUCAAAACGUAUUACACCAACCCUUCUUCACCAUUGAGCCUCUCACAAGGUUGGUUCGAGAGUGUGAGGCUAAUCUUGAAGAUCUGUUCCCUUCUUCGGCCGAGGUCAUAGAGCCAGGCCCACCCUCAAACAGAUUGGAUGAUGCGAAUGAUGUAAAUACAAGUGCACAGAACCCCCUAUCGAAUCGACCAGAUGGUCAAACUGAUGUAGAUGCCCCUGAACAGGCACCCCUUCAGGAAGACACUUCGGAUAUUUACAGGAGUACAUUGGCUGCUAUGAGGGCAAUUCAAGGAUUAAGAAGGGGAAGUUCGACUUAUAAUCCUUUGUCUUGGACUUUGUUUUUGAGGGGGGAGGGUGAUGAGGACGUGGGGACAAUCACGGUGGAGAAUUCAGCACCGGGGUCGAUGCACGGUUCUCAAAAUGAGGAGGUUGAUCAAGAGGAUGUUCAUUCCAACAAUUAGACAUUUGGGUGAUUUAAGUAGAGAACUUUUUAUAACCGAAUAAUUUGGAAUAAUAUUCAUGAUCCAUGUGUCCAUGAUCAUAUUGAUUAGUGUCCUAAAUGUCUCUUAUUUUCUUUUCUGGUUGGUUUUUGUUAUGGUAUGAAGGAAUUUCUCCAUUUACUAUGGCUGUUGACUUGCUUUAAUUUCCUAAGGCUGCCUGGCACCUAUUAUUUGCUA